AACAAAACCUUAAGAGUAUGCGAUGCGAACAAACCUUUUUACAAUUAUUAGAAAUUAUCUUCGCUGACAUAGGACAAUUCCUCUAAAUCAAAAAAAUUCAUCAACCGCACUCAUUACUCGAUUACUGCAAAGAAGAGCAAGACUAACCGUUAGUCAUAAUGACUAUUUUAAAGGCUCUAAUCGCUGGAGGACAAAUAUGCCUCAAAAGAUUUUAUGCUACAAGUCCAAAAUUUAUUGAAAUUACACAAGACAAUAACACAGGUAUCGAAAUUAUAUCUAUGGCAAAAAAACCUGUUAACAGCAUGAAUACAGAAUUAUUAAGUGAACUAAAGACAUUUUUAUUGGAGGCCCAAAACAGUCGCAUUAAAGGCGUUAUAUUAACGUCGUCCUUGCCAACUGUAUUCUCAGCAGGAUUAGACAUAAUGGAAUUGUUUAAUGAUAAAGAGAAACUUAUUGAUUUUUGGCAAACGUUACAAGAUACUUGGUUGACUGUUUACAGUUUGACUAUACCGAUUGCUGCUGCUAUCAAUGGCUCUAGUCCUGCCGGAGGCUGCCUGUUGGCAAUGUCUACGGAAUAUAGAGUCCUGGUUGAAGGCAAGCAUACUAUAGGCUUAAAUGAAACACAAUUGGGUAUGGUUGCUCCAAAAUGGUUCAGGGAUUUAUAUGCCUCGUUAAUUGGCUAUCGACAAGCUGAGCUGGCGCUUUUAAGAGGAGCGAUGUUUAAGCCUGAGAAGGCAUUACAGCUUGGACUCGUGGAUGAACUCGCUAAAGAUAAAAUGGAUGCGAUCGAAAAGUGCAAAAAUUACAUAUUAUCUUAUGAUAAUAUAUCAGGUUUGGCAAGGACCACCACCAAGAUAGAGUUGCGAAACAACUUGAUCGAGUGGUUGAAAAAAAAUAAGAAAGCUGAUACUGAUAACUUCAUAAACUACGUGCUAUCACCGAAAGUACAAAAUGGCCUUAAACUUUAUGUUGAAUAUUUGAAGAAGAAGUAACAAUUGGUAUCUUAAUAUGAGACAAUAUUUGUUACAUUCUUACUAAUCA